AUGGCCGAGCCAGGGCCAGAGCCCAGUCGCGCGUGGCGGCUGCUCGCGCUGUGCGGGGCUGCCCUCUUUCUAGCCGCAGUGGCUGCAGGCGCGGCCCUGCUAGCCUGGAACCUGGCUGCCUCUGCCACCCGGAGACCUCACUGCCCGCAGCCUGGCCCCAAUGCCACUGUGCCAACCAGGGGCCCACCUGGGGAUCCGCCCGGGGACCCUCCCGAAGUCGAGGAACUACGUCGCCAACUGUCUGAGGCUGCCCAGCGCCAGGAGGCCCUGUCUGGGCAGCUGGACCAGGCUGAGGGUGUCCGCCAGGCGCUGGAGGAGGCACUGAGAGCCUGUGAGGGCCGCCAGACUUGGCUUCAGACCCAGCUGAAGACAAUGAAGAGUGAGCUGGAUGAGGCCCGGGCACAAGGGACCCAAGUGGGGGAGGAGAAUGGGGCACUGACAGAAGCCCUGGCGCGCUGGGAGGCGGUUGCAGCGGACUCAGCUAAGCGGCUGGAGGAGGCGCAGCAGCGCGCAAGCGCAGCGGAGGCGGAGGGUGGAGCCUGUGCGGCCCGGGAGGCGGAGCUGCGGGAACGCGUCAUCACCCUGGAGACCGAGAUGGGCUACCCACACAAAGGGUCGCGCCCCCUGCCCCGCUCGGGGUCCCGGCCCCGGCCUAGCCCCCGCUCCCGCACCCGCUCCGGGUCCUCGGGGGGCUGCCGGCAGCCUGCGCGGCGCGUUCGAGGCUGA